AAGUUAAAAGCAACAGGAUGUGUUGCGUGCCUCAGUGCACGAACCGAGCGGUGAAGGAUGAGAUAAGCCUUCAUUCGUUCCCGCUGGACGCGCGACUUAAGAAGGAGUGGGUGGUGAAGCUCCGGAUCGGCAAGCCCGUGACGCCGCCAAUGAAGGUUUGCAGCGCACAUUUCAUCUCCGAAGACUUCUUCUGGAGCAGCAUUGACCCCAAAGUGUGGACGCCUAAUCGAAGACGACUGAAGAAGACUGCUGUGCCUUCACAGAACUUGCCCAUAAGAACUCAUGACAAAAAGGACUUGUCAAGGAUACAGGAAGGAGCAGCGCGAGAUGCCCGUGCCUCUGCUAGACAUUGUCAGGCUCUAGAAGCAGUGAAGAAAUGGCAGGGCAGAAAUUGA